AUGGCAACGCAUACGCCGCCUCCUCCUCCUCCAUCCCUACCAAAGCUAGCCGCGUAUCUCUGCCUCUGGUUGCUCGGCAACACUUCACAACGCCAUCGUCCACUCUACACGCCGUGCUUCUGCGUUACAGCUGCCACCGACGCUGACUGCUUCGCCGCGGCUCAUCCGAUCGCAUCAUCCUCCUCCGCCGCCGCCGCCGGGAUCGUCUGCACUUCCAUCGCCUGCCACUGUACCGCUGCUGCGCUUGGGCCGCGUCCACACGCUUGCACCUGCGCCUCGCUCCUCGUCCUUUCGCAACAAAGCGCAGCCGCAUCCCAUCCAGCCGCUUGUCUCCCUACCACCACAUCCCCAGCUCCAUCGACUCGUCAAGCCAAAAUGUCUUGGAAGCUAGGCAAGAAAUUCAAGGACGGCGCCAACCUCGGAGCGCGCACGCCGCUCGAUCGCUCCGCCACCCCGACGCCGGGCAAUCCAGGCCCCGAUCCGAGCGCAUCGUCCUCCUCCAACCCCACCGCCUCGUCCGAUGGCGCACCCAUCCCGCGCUCCGGUCUGCUCACCAUCCGCGUCAUCGAUGCGCGCGGCCUCUCGCUCCCCGCCGGCAUGCCCACGCCGCCCGCCGUAGCGAGAGCGCUCGCCAUGCACAACCCCAACGCCUCCUCCCUCGCCCAGUCGUUCGGCGCGCCAAAUCGCGAAAACAGGCAGAGCAUGCAGCGCAAACAGUGCUGGUGGCUCCCCUACCUCGUGCUCGAGUUCGACAAGAACGAGAUCCUCAUCGACGCCAUCGGCGGCGACAUCCAGGGCCCCACCUGGAUGUUCCGCGCCCACUUUGACGUCUCGCGCAUCUCGGAGAUCAGCCUCCAGACCUACUUGCGCUCCGGCGACGGCCACAGCACCCACCAGCCAGAGGCGAGCCGCGACGGCCAGGGCGACGACGUCAUGGGCGUCAGCGACAUCUACCUCGGCGGCGUCAAGUUUGUGCCCGACUUUGAGAACCAGAGAACGUCGGACGCGUGGUACCCGCUCGCCGGCGGCAACGGUCAGAUCCACGUGCAGGUGUCGUACCGCAGCGACUCGCGCAGCUCGCUCAACAUGGACGCGUUUGAGCUGCUCAAGGUGAUUGGCAAGGGCAGCUUUGGCAAGGUGAUGCAGGUGCGCAAGCGCGACACGUCGCGCAUCUACGCGCUCAAGACCAUCCGCAAGGCGCACAUUGUGUCGCGCUCCGAGGUGACGCACACGCUGGCCGAGCGCACCGUCCUGGCGCAGGUCAACAAUCCGUUCAUCGUGCCGCUCAAAUUCUCGUUCCAGAGUCCGGACAAGCUGUACCUCGUGCUGGCGUUUAUCAACGGCGGCGAGCUCUUCCACCACCUGCAGCGCGAGGGGCGCUUCAACGAGGAGCGCUCGCGCUUCUACGCCGCCGAGCUGCUGUGCGCGCUCGAGCAUCUGCACGGCUUCAACGUGGUGUAUCGCGACCUCAAGCCCGAAAACAUCCUGCUCGACUACACCGGCCACAUUGCGCUGUGCGAUUUCGGGCUGUGCAAGCUCAACAUGGGCGACCAGCAGACCACCAACACCUUCUGCGGCACGCCCGAGUAUCUGUCGCCCGAGCUGCUGCUGGGGCAGGGCUACACCAAGGCGGUCGACUGGUGGACGCUCGGCGUGCUGCUCUACGAGAUGCUCACCGGUCUGCCGCCGUUCUACUCGGAGGACGUCAACGAGAUGUACCGCAAGAUCCUGCAGGACCCGCUGCGAUUCGGCGACGAGGUUUCGCCCGAUGCACGCCACCUGCUCACGCUGCUGCUCAACCGCGAUCCCGCACAGCGUCUCGGCAGCGGCCCGCACGGGGCGGCCGACAUCAAGGCCCACCCGUUCUUCGCCAAGCACGUCGACUGGAAGCUGCUGCUCGCCAAGAAGAUCCCGCCGCCGUUCAAGCCGAGCGUGGCCUCCGCCAUCGACACGAGCAACUUUGACCCCGAGUUCACCAACGAGCCGCCCAUGGACAGCGUGGUCGACGACAGCCACAUGCUCAGCGCCACCGUGCAGGAGCAGUUUGUCGGGUUUUCCUACAAUGCGCCCAACGCGCUCGGCGCCGGCGAGAGCCUGCGCGACUAG